UGUUUCCCCCCCACGUGAGCCUCCACCAAAGCUCCACGCGUAGCAAGACUGAACCGGCUGCUAACGAUAAGAUAUCACGUCACUGUCAAACAGCGGCUAGCUCGCUCUGGACCAGAAAUUAACCGCCGUAGGGACACGGCGGAGUUGAUCAUUGUAGUCUCAGGUCCAGACAGCGCGAGGAAGAUGGCGGACGACCCCAGCGCAGCGGAUAGGAACGUGGAAAUUUGGAAGAUUAAGAAGUUGAUCAAAAGCCUUGAGGCGGCAAGAGGAAAUGGUACCAGUAUGAUUUCCCUCAUCAUCCCACCCAAGGAUCAGAUCUCACGUGUAGCGAAGAUGUUGGCUGAUGAGUUUGGCACAGCCUCCAACAUUAAGAGCAGAGUCAACAGACUUUCUGUGUUGGGAGCCAUUACCUCAGUACAGCAGAGACUCAAACUCUACAACAAAGUGCCUCCAAAUGGCCUUGUGGUGUAUUGUGGCACCAUAGUGACGGAAGAAGGCAAAGAAAAGAAAGUCAACAUUGAUUUUGAGCCUUUUAAGCCAAUCAACACAUCCUUGUAUUUAUGUGACAACAAGUUCCAUACUGAGGCACUAACAGCGCUGCUGUCAGAUGACAGUAAGUUCGGUUUCAUUGUGAUUGAUGGUAGCGGCGCCCUGUUUGGGACCUUACAAGGCAACACAAGGGAGGUUUUGCACAAAUUUACAGUGGAUCUGCCCAAAAAACACGGUAGAGGAGGACAGUCGGCUCUUCGAUUUGCGCGUUUGAGAAUGGAGAAAAGACACAACUAUGUGCGGAAGGUAGCGGAGACGGCCGUUCAACUGUUUGUAUCAAAUGACAAGGUGAAUGUGGCUGGGCUGGUGCUUGCUGGAUCGGCAGACUUCAAGACUGAGCUGAGCCAGUCAGACAUGUUUGAUCCGAGGUUACAAGGUAAGGUUCUAAAACUGGUCGACAUAUCGUAUGGAGGAGAGAAUGGGUUCAACCAGGCCAUAGAGCUCUCAGCGGAAGUGCUGUCAAAUGUCAAAUUCAUCCAAGAAAAGAAACUCAUAGGCCGAUAUUUUGAUGAGAUCAGUCAGGACACAGGGAAGUACUGUUUUGGAGUUGAAGACACGCUCAAAGCACUGGAGAUGGGAGCGGUGGAGAUUCUUAUAGUUUACGAAAACUUGGACACUAUGCGCUACGUCCUGCGUUGUCACGGAGAAAACACUACACCUGAAAACGGUAUGUAUGUGAUAGCCAUCGCACUGUUUUUUUCUCUCAAAAUAGAAAUGUUUUCCUUUCUAAUUGUAUUCUUUUUAUCAGAUGAAAAGACACUCUACCUGACACCAGAACAAGAGAAGGACAAGUCUCAUUUCACUGACAAGGAGACGGGUCAGGAGCACGAGCUGAUCGAGAGCAUGCCGCUGCUUGAGUGGUUUGCCAAUAGCUACAAGAAGUUCGGAGCCACGCUGGAAAUCGUUACAGACAAGAGCCAGGAAGGCUCACAGUUUGUGAAAGGCUUUGGAGGCAUCGGUGGAAUUUUGCGGUACCGGGUUGAUUUCCAGGGCAUGGAGUACCAAGGAGAUGACGAUGAAUUCUUUGACUUGGAUGACUACUAGGUAGUCGGGACUGACAAAAAAGCAAAUUCAAAAAUAAGAUUUUCCCCCUUCACGUACCCCGCUAAUGGCAGGGGAGCGAAGGAGAUCGAAUCAGCAAGAGGGAGAAUACGAAUUUGAGAUGAUGGCAGAGGGUCUAUGUGUCUUUGGCUUUUAGACAGUGACUCCAUCCGUGGACUGGAAGAGAGUUUUCUCCUCUCCACUAAUAACCGGGUCAUCGCAACAGCAUGGCUGUGGCCCGUCUGGCUGUCCUGCAUCAACUCUUCACACAGCACACUUUAGGCUUCGAGAUCUACUUUUUCUUCCCUUCUAAUCUCACUCCUUUCUUCCUUUCGCCUCUCCUUUUAUAAUGGCAUCUGCUGCUGUUGUAUUUUAUUCCAAAGUAUUAUAUUUUCUCUUAUCCAGAGUAUAAAGACAGCAGUAGCAAACAAUUAGAUCUAUACUGCUUACAUUGCCAGGCCUGCAUUUUAAUUUGCUGGUUAGCCCAGACUUGAUAUGUUGCCUUUUUUCUGCUGUACACCAGUGUGGUGGUGGUGGUGAUGCACUUUGAGCCAGCGGUACACUCUGCUCCUACCAUCACAUUGUGCCCACAUUGAGGCAUUUCAUCCUCUCAAAUGGACCAUGUAGUAACUGGACCCAUCCCCCUGUGCUCCACUGCUUCCUUCGCGAAGACCGAGAACCAGUUCUCCUCUCUCUUGUUUUCCUCAGCCCCAGGAGAUGCAAAUUCUCAAAAUAAACUAUAUAUGAGUGCCUGAUUUUUGCAGUUUGUGAAAUAUGACCGCACAGUGUACCAGCAUCUGGACCGUAACUUCAGCCUCCUGCUGUUUCACAUACAGUCUUAGCUUGAGCUCCCAGCACUCAUCGGUAUAUGAUGGCAGAACACAUGCAUGGGAAUGCCUUGUCGGAUCGAUCACGGGGUGGGGAUGGGGGUUACUGUGUUAACUGUGAUGUGUGAGUGAGUAUAUGUGAGUUUAAUUCCCCUUUAAAAGACAUAUUCCUGGGCCCCAAAGCUCUAGUUUCUUUCCUUCGGCCCAAAGUAUGUUUUAAGAACAGAUUGGUUUUAGAAAAGACAGCUGUGUCAAUGGACCAUUAUUGAUUGUGGCAUGGUUUGGUGUUUUGGCACCUACUAAAACAAGUCGUCAUAAUAAUGUAAGAGUAAUUAAAACACAAAGACCCACGAUAUUUUAAAUAUGUUGUAUAUUUUCUUUGAUCCAUCACUAUUUUGUAUAAAUCAUUUGUUACAUCUGGAUCACGGACAUUAAAUGUUCUCAUUGUUUGCAAAAUGCA